AUGCUGGCUCUUCGUGACCAGGAAAACCUGGUGCAUACUCACCAGACUGUCGCUGCAGCUAAACCCUUGAACCAUGGCGUGAAGCAGUUGCAACCGCGAACCCCGGGAGCCCGCGCACCGAAAACGCCCUUUAAAGUGCCUUUGAACGAUGAAAAUGAUCCUUUGGCGUUUGGAAAGAAAACAGUAAAGGCUGCUGGAAAGCAAAAGGCGAACACGAAACCCGCCAAGGAUGCCUUUGUCACUCCGCUGGAACCUCGAAAUCGUGCACCUCUUGGCAUGAAAACGACCAAUGCAAAGGCGAAAGGCUUACAGACACCAGCAGCGCCGGCAGGCACUAUCAAGCCAGAGAAGACGAACAAGAGAGCCUCUACCCAAAAGAUCAGGAAAUUCUCGCCACUAGUUGACCAGCCCAAGAUUGAGGUACAGGGUGAAGAGAGCCAGGAUGACGUGCCCGAUAUUGAAUAUAUGCCCCCCAAACCGAAAGAGCUCCCGGACAUCCCUGACGACAUUACGUAUGACACGACGUUUCCUCAGUUUCAACCCAAGAAUUUGGCCUUGGGAUUGGAAAGUGUGUACGGAGACAAUCAAGUCGGAGAGGAUGGUCUUACCAAACGACAGCGCAAAUUCCAGGAGGACUCAAUUGCGUUCGAUAAAAAGGUGGACGAAAUGAUCUUGAAGCAGCUUGAAGAGAUUGGAUUCGAGGACAAGACGGAAUUGGACCCUCCCAGCGAGCCUCAUGUGGAAGAGGUACCUAAACGACGCCUCGAAAUGCGCCGUGCUAAAUCGACUAUGACGAAGCCCAAGUAUACCAGCAAUAUCUCUACUGUCCGUGCUCACAAUGCAGUUGCCGCACUGUCCAGGGUUGAGCCCUCGGGUGCACGAGCGAGACCAGCCGCGAUGUCAAAGCCGAAACCCAGAGUCGCAUCAUCUCUCUUGACAUCUAGGAGGCCCCGAGUGCCGAGCAAUCUGUCCUCCAUGCGUCACGCUGCGGCCACUGCCAACUCCAAGACGACCCUGGGCUAUUCAAAGGGCCGUACUGUGUCCUCCAGAUUGCAUGGAAAGCCGUCAACUACUCCGGAGAGGUCGGUCCUGUCGCCUGAAACAUACAUCGAAUUGUACGGGAUGCCUCCGCUGGGCUCGGAGAUGUGGUACCGCUGCAAGGCUGCAGGCUGUUUUGAUAGUGAGGAGGAUCGACUGGCGGCCAAAGCGGAAAGAAAUCUCCCGACCUUUGGGGAAGAUGAAGAGGCGCAGAAUUUCCAGCUCACACUUUAA